CGUGGACUGAUGUGUUUAUUUUCCUGAUUUCAGGAGGGUUUGCGUUCGUAUAUGAGGCCCAGGAUCUGGGAAGUGGCAGAGAGUAUGCGCUGAAGAGACUGCUGUCCAACGAGGAGGAGAGGAGCCGAGCCAUCAUCCAGGAGGUGUGCUUCUUGAAAAAGCUUUCUGGCCACCCCAACAUUGUCCAGUUUUGCUCUGCAGCGUCGAUAGGGAAAGAGGAGUCGGACACGGGGCAGGCCGAGUUCCUGCUGCUCACGGAGCUCUGCAGAGGGCAGCUGGUGGAGUUUCUGAAGAAAAGCGAGACCAAAGGGCCUCUGUCGUGCGACACCGUCCUGAAGAUUUUCUACCAGACCUGCAGGGCCGUGCAGCACAUGCACCGGCAGAAGCCGCCCAUCAUCCACCGGGACCUCAAGGUUGAAAACUUGUUGCUGAGUAACCAGGGGACCAUUAAGCUGUGCGACUUUGGCAGCGCCACGACCGUCUCACACGCCCCUGACUACAGCUGGAGCGCCCAGCGGCGGGCCCUGGUGGAGGAGGAGGUCACCAGGAACACAACGCCCAUGUACAGGACGCCUGAGAUCGUGGACCUGUACUCGAACUUCCCCAUCAGCGAGAAGCAGGACAUCUGGGCGCUGGGCUGCAUCUUGUACCUGCUGUGCUUCGGGCAGCACCCUUUUGAAGACGGAGCAAAGCUUCGCAUCGUAAACGGGAAAUACUCCAUCCCUGCUGACGACACUCGGUACUCCGUGUUCCACGGCCUCAUCCGCGCCACACUGAAGGUCAACCCGGAGGAGCGGCUGUCCAUCACCGAGCUGGUGAACCAGCUGCAGGAGAUCGCGGCUGCCCGGAGUGUGAACCCCAAGUCGCCCAUCACUGAGCUCCUGGAGCAGAAUGGAGGCUACGGGAACGCUGCCCCGUCCCGAGGGCCACCUCCUCCCGGGGGGCCUGUGAGCAGCGGCCAAGGCGGAGGCCUGGCGGUGGCUGAGUACGAGCAGUCCUACGGCGGGCUCCUGGACAUCCUGCGGGGGGGCCCUGGGCGCCUGCUCACCAACCUCAAGGACACCUCCUCCAAGGUCAUCCAGUCCGUCGCCAAUUACGCGAAGGGAGACCUGGACAUUUCCUACAUCACCUCCCGAAUCGCAGUGAUGUCCUUCCCGGCAGAGGGUGUGGAAUCCGCCAUCAAAAACAACAUCGAGGACGUGCGCUUGUUUCUGGACUCCAAGCACCCGGGACACUACGCUGUCUACAACCUGUCCUCCAGGACGUACCGGCCCGCCAAGUUUCACAACCGCGUGUCCGAGUGCGGGUGGGCGGCCCGGCGGGCCCCGAGCCUGCGCAGCCUGUACAGCAUCUGCAGGGACAUGCACUGGUGGCUGCGGCAGGACCACAAGAACGUGUGCGUGCUGCACUGCACGGACGGGAGAGCGGCGUCGGCCGUGGCCGUCUGCUCCUUCCUGUGCUUCUGCCGGCUCUUCAGCACCGCCGAGGCCGCCGUGUACAUGUUCAGCAUGAAGCGCUGCCCGCCGGGCAUUUGGCCGUCCCACAAAAGGUACAUCGAGUACAUGUGUGACAUGGUGGCGGAGGAGCCCAUCACGCCCCAUAGCAAGCCGAUCCUGGUGCGGGCCAUCGUCAUGACGCCCGUGCCGCUGUUCAACAAGCAGAGGAGCGGCUGUCGGCCCUUCUGCGAGGUCUAUGUGGGGGACGAGCGCGUGGCCACCACGUCCCAGGAGUACGACAGGAUGCGGGAUUUCAGGAUCGAGGACGGCAAAGCCGUCAUCCCCCUGGGCACGGCCGUCCAAGGGGACGUGCUC